AUGGCGGCGGCGGCGGCGCUGAGGGUGGCGAGGCGGUUGAGGCUGGUGGCGGGAGCGCCGAGCCUCGCUUUUACUCGUUCUGCGUUUGUUGCAAAAAGACGUAAUUAUGACCAACCAAACUGGUUUGGAGUUGGCUUGGCUUUUGGCACUAGUGCUGUCUUGUGGGCUCUUCUUUUCAAGCAGCAUAAUGAAGAUGUAAAGGAAUAUGAAAGAAGAAAAGAAGAGAGACAACAUAAGUGUACAGAAUGUUCAUAGUUGACGGUACGCUCAGUAAGUAACAUGAUGACCAGUUGUCCUACAUAUAAAUGAGCACAGCAGAAGUACAAAGUAUCUAAAUACUUAUAUGUUCAUACAUUUCAUGUGCAGAAUUAUGAAAUAAAUUAUAAAGUCUGGAAGA